GGCCUUUCGGUCGACAUGAUGUACGUGGAAGGCAAUCGCACCGACUCCAAGGAUCUACUGCAAGCGUUGUGCGCAAAGUAUGGCGAGUCACUAACCAAUAAUCGGCCACCGCAUUUACUGCUCGAUACCACCUUGACCGGCGUAUCGUCCGAAACGGUCAAGUCAUUCAGUCUGGCGCUCGGCAUUCCUACCGUAUCGGCAUCUUUCGGACAGGAGGGUGAUUUACGCCAAUGGCGAGAUUUAAGCCCAGCAAAACGCGGCUAUUUACUGCAGGUUAUGCCACCGGCAGAUAUGAUCCCACAAGUUAUUCGAUCCAUCAUCAUUUAUAUGAACAUUACAAACGCCGCCAUCUUGUACGACAAUACCUUCGUGAUGGACCACAAGUACAAGGCACUCCUACAGAAUAUUCCGACCCGGCACGUCAUCACCGGCAUAGCAGAUGAUCGCGACCGUGCCGGUCAGAUAGAGAAGCUACGGAACUUGGACAUUAACAACUUUUUUGUCCUUGGGUCACUGGCGUCCAUCAAACAGGUGUUGGAAUCGGCGAAGAAUGAAUACUUUGAGCGUAACUUUGCUUGGCACGUCAUCACCCAAGAACAGAAGGACCUCACGUGCAACGUGGAAAACGCGACCAUCAUGUUUUUGCGCCCGAUGUCGGACAGUUCCAGUAAGGAUCGUUUGGGCAGCAUCCGGACCACCUACAAUCUGAAACAAGAGCCACAAAUUACUGGUUUCUUCUACUUCGACCUGACACUUCGCGCGCUAAUAGCGAUCAAGAACAUCCUUCAAUCCGGAUCCUGGCCGUCCAACAUGAAGUACAUCACGUGUGAAGACUACGAUGGUACCAACACACCGAACCAUACCAUCGAUCUGAAGACGGCGUUCGUGGAAGUGACGGAGCCGACCACCUUCGGACCCUUCGAGAUUCCCAAGGGAGGUAAAAUUCCCUUCAAUGGCAACACCUACAUGAAGUUCGACAUGGAUAUCAACGCGGUGACGAUCCGGGCCGGAGCAUCGGUGAACACACGCAAUUUGGGCACGUGGGAGGCGAGCCUUGCCGCACCGAUCAAUGUGGCAAACGAGGCGGAAAUAAAGAACCUAACGGCCGACGUGGUGUACCGAGUGUAUACGGUCGUGCAAGCACCGUUCAUUAUGCGCGAUCCGACGGCUCCCAAGGGCUUCAAGGGGUACUGCAUUGAUUUGCUGAACAAGAUUGCCGAGAUUGUCGAGUUUGACUACGAGAUCCGCGAAGUCGAGGACGGAAAGUUUGGCAACAUGAACGAGAAUGGCGAAUGGAAUGGGAUCGUGCGCAAGCUGAUCGACAAACAGGCGGACAUAGGACUUGGCUCGAUGUCGGUGAUGGCCGAGCGGGAGACGGUGAUUGACUUUACCGUUCCGUACUACGAUCUCGUGGGCAUCAGCAUCAUGAUGCAGCUGCCGAGCACACCCAGUUCGCUGUUCAAGUUUUUGACCGUCCUCGAGACGAACGUGUGGCUCUGCAUUCUGGCGGCCUACUUCUUCACAAGCUUUCUGAUGUGGAUCUUCGAUCGCUACAGUCCGUACAGCUACCAGAACAACCGGGAAAAGUACAAGAACGACGAUGAAAAACGCGAAUUCAACAUCAAAGAGUGUCUCUGGUUCUGCAUGACCUCGCUGACACCCCAGGGUGGUGGGGAAGCACCGAAAAAUCUCUCCGGUCGCCUAGUGGCAGCCACAUGGUGGUUGUUCGGGUUUAUUAUAAUUGCUUCAUAUACGGCCAAUUUGGCGGCGUUUCUUACUGUGUCGCGUUUGGAUACUCCCGUCGAAUCAUUGGACGAUCUCUCGAAACAGUAUAAAAUCCUAUACGCUCCACUAAACGGAUCUUCGGCGAUGACAUACUUCCAGCGUAUGGCAGACAUUGAGAGGAAAUUUUACGAGAUCUGGAAAGAGAUGUCUUUGAAUGAUUCGCUAACGGCCGUUGAACGAUCGAAGCUUGCCGUCUGGGACUACCCGGUGAGUGACAAAUACACCAAGAUGUGGCAAGCUAUGCUCGAGGCCGGUCUCCCGAACAGUCUCGAGGAAGCAGUGCAGCGUAUUCGCAACUCAACGUCCGCGUCUGGAUUUGCGUUUCUGGGUGAUGCGACCGAUAUUCGCUACCAAGUGCUGACCAACUGCGAUCUUCAAAUGGUAGGGGAGGAGUUUUCCCGCAAACCUUACGCAAUCGCUGUCCAGCAGGGAUCGCCACUGAAAGAUCAGUUCAAUAAUGCCAUCCUGAUGCUUCUCAACCGACGGGAAUUGGAAAAGUUAAAGGAGCAAUGGUGGAAAAACGAUGACGUUCAGAACAAGUGUGAAAAGCCGGACGAUCAAUCGGACGGUAUUUCUAUUCAGAACAUCGGUGGCGUGUUCAUCGUUAUUUUCGUUGGUAUUGGGAUGGCCUGCAUAACGCUCCUGUUUGAGUUCUGGUACUAUAAGUAUCGCAACAAUGGUAAGAUUAUUGACGUCAUUGAAUCAACCGAUCACCAACAUCAUGGUUCCACCAUUAAACAUGUGCGUCCGGCCGGGAAGCUCAUCAAGCAGGACUCAUUGAAGGACGCAACUAAAGGGCAAACCUACCAAAACCUUCGGACGCGCACUUUGAUGCCGAAUCUGAGUAAAUUUCAGCCUAGGUUCUGA